CCUUAUCCCGGAAGUGCCGGUGGAGGAUGGUUUCCAGGCGGUAGUUAUCCCCGGGCGGCGUCGGAUCGGGGGUGGGGGGUGGGGAGGAAGCUGUUGUCUCCUGACUUCCUCGGGAUGGCGGACCGCAGCAUCGGCUCCUCGGAGCAUCUGGAGCGGCUGCACGAGAUUUUUCGCAGCCUCCAUGGGGAGUUGCAAAGCGCCCCGGAGAGGCUGCGCGGGAACUGGGCGGUUGAGGAGAAAAAAAAGUUAAUCCGAGAGUUUGAUGAAAAACUAAAAGAAGCAAAUGAAACGUUAAAGGAAAUGGAAGAAGAACUGAAAUAUGCCCCCGUGUCCUUCCGCAAUCAAAUGAUGAUUAAAAUUAGAACUUACAAAGGAGACCUUAGCACAUUUCAUAGGAAAAUGAAAAGUACGGAUUUGGGAGUAGCUCCGAGUGCCCGGGGAAAUUCAAAGUUUGGUAUCUUCUCUAAGGAAAAUGAGCAGAGAACUCAGAUGCAGUCUCAGAGGGUGUUACUGCUUCAGGGAACAGAAAGCUUGAAUCGAGCCACUCAGAGCUUGGAUCGGACACACCAAAUUGCCGCAGAAACUGAUCAAAUUGGUAGUGACAUCAUUGAAGAACUAGGUGGGCAGCGUGAACAGCUGGAACGCACCAAAGGCAGAUUAGUAAACACAAAUGAAAAUUUAAGCAGAAGUCGGAAGAUCCUACGUUCCAUGUCAAGAAGGCUUAUGACAAAUAAAUUGUUACUCUCUGUCAUCAUCAUCCUGGAGGUAAUCAUCUUGGGAGGUCUUGUCUACUACAAGUUCUUCACUAAGGCUUGAAGAGAUGCAGCUUUUCUCCUUUGCUGUCUUCAAUCCACUAUAUGGACAUUCCUUGGCAAUAGCUUGUUUGACUACAGAUUGAAAAGAUGGAUUGUAUUUUACUACGUUUAAAAUGUAGUGCUGGCUUGUCAGUCUUGACGUGUCCUGAGAAUGGUGCAGUGCUACUGGGAGGAGAUGUGGCUGGAGAAAAGACAAACUGAACUACAUCUGCAA